UUGUCGUCCAAGAACUUCUAUCCCAGUCCCGGCUCUAUUCUCCCCCAAAUUGCUUGCUGCUACUCUGUAUCGGAUCCUGAAACUAUCACAGCCGGUAACAGUAUCUCCCUCUCCCUAUUCUGUCUUCUCCCCAUAAAAUGGCGAGAGCCACAAAUAGAUACAGAAAAAGAAAGAUAAGGAAACGGGCAAGGCGCCAUGAGUGGCGUGCAUGCAGCAGGGAUCGAGCAUGCAGUUGGUCAGUUAAAAGAGAUCGAUGCAUGCACGGAUCGGCCGGGGAAACAGACAUCAAAAUCCAUUGAGAGGACAUUCCACAGGCGGCUGCUCGAUCCCCAAUCCAUCCACCCAUCACUAAUUUGCUCGCCACUCACAAUCCCACCGAUCCUAGAUCGAUCCACACAGUAGUACCGGCGGGAGGCGGCUGAGAAGAAGCCAAAUUAUAUAAAUUGAAGGGAUCGGAGGCCCUAUUCGGCGGAACAACCGUUGGCCGUCAUGGCGCGAUCGAGCGCGGACGACAUGGAGCUGAAGCGCGCGUGCGAGGCGGGCAUCCUGAGCAAGGAGAAGGCCCCCGAGCAGGUGGUGAUGUGCUUGCGCGUCGCCAAGGGCCGCGGCACCUGGGGCAAAGCCGGCAAGCUCAACUCCCGCCACAUGGCCAAGCCCCGCGUCCUCGCCGUCACCACCAAGAUGAAAGGGCAGAAGACCAAGGCGUUCCUGCGCGUUCUCAAGUAUUCCAAUGGUGGAGUCCUCGAGCCAGCAAAAGUGUACAAGAUAAAACAUCUCCACAAGGUCGAGGUCGUUGCCAAUGAUCCCAGCGGCUGCACAUUUCUCUUGGGGUUUCAUAACCUGAGGAGCCAGAGUGUUUCGCCUCCUCAGUGGACGAUGCGCAACAAAGACGACAGGAACCGUCUCCUCAUGUGUAUUCUCAACAUGUGCAAAGAGAUAUUGGGUGGCAUCCCCAAGGUUGCUGGCAUGGACAUCGUGGAGAUGGCUAUCUGGGCAAAGGAGAACACUACAACAAAGGUUACACAGGUGGGAACGAAAGAUGGACCCAUCGAAUCGGUAGUGUUAGAGGCUGACUCACAAGUUGCUGUUGAAAAGGACCUGGUUUCACAAGCUGAAGAAGAGGAUAUUGAGGCUCUCCUUGGCACCUAUGUCAUGGCCAUUGGUGAAGCAGAAGCAUUUUCAGAAAGGAUGAAGCGUGAACUUGUAGGUCUUGAAUCUGCAAACGUUUAUGCCCUUAUGGAAACAGAAUCUGUUGUGGAAGAGGUAUUGCAGGGCUUAGAAAUAGCUAGUAUAUGUGUUGAAGAUAUGGAUGAAUGGCUUGGUAUUUUCAAUAUAAAGCUCAGGCAUAUGAGGGAGGAUAUACAAUCUAUAGAAUGGCGUAAUAAUAGGUUGGAGCUGCAAUCUGAAAGUAAUGUGGCAUUAAUUGAUGAGCUUGACAAAUUGCUUGUACUCUUGCAAAUACCACCCGAGUAUGAGGAAUCGUUAACUGGAGGUUCAUUCGACGAGGGGAAUAUGGUCAAGAACAUAGAGGCCUGUGAAUGGCUGACCAGUGCUAUAAAGAACCUAGAAGCAUCCAAUAUGGAUCCAUGCUAUGUAAAAUUGCGUGCUGUUAGAGAAAAACGUGCAGAAUUUGUACUUCUGAAGUGCACAUUUGUUCGGAGGGCAUCGGAAUUUUUAAGGAAUUACUUCCCUGGUUUGAUUGAUUUUAUGCUAAAUGAUAAGGGCAACUUCUCUCAGAAAGGGCAACUGCAGAGGCCUGACCAUGCUGAUAUGAGGUUCAAAUGCAGGACUUAUGCUCGGCUUCUACAAUUCAUCAAGAGUCUGGACAAAAGUUGUUUGACCCCUUUACGGAAAGCUUACUGCCAUUCUCUUAACUUGCUAAUUCGACGGGAGGCCCGUGAAUUUUCUAAUGAGCUACGAAAUAGUUCAAAAGCAUCAAAGAGCAGUACACCAUCAUUUGAAGGUCCUGCCGGUGCGAAUCAGCCAGCUGGUGUUACAGAUAGCCCUGGAGACGCGUAUUCCAAGAUGAUUACUAAUUUUAUUCCACUUCUUGUUGAUGAGUGCUUGUUCCUGGCACAUUUCAUGUGCUUCGAAGUUGGUGCAUUGGAUACUUCAGAUAGUAGCAAUGCUCUCACAGAGUCAAAUAGCACUUCUCAGAGCACUUCCGAAGCAUCUGGGAUUAGUGUAAAACCAAGUAGCAGUUCAGCCGAUUUGGGAGUUCUAAACGACUGCCUAAAGGAGUUGCUUGAUGGUAUUCAGGAGGACUUCUAUGGUUUAGUCGACUGGGCAUUCAAGCUAGACCCGUUGAGUUGUAUUUCAAUGCACGGCAUAACUGAGCGCUAUCUUUCUGGUCAGAAGGCAGAGGUCGCAGGAUACGUGCAAGUCCUGCUUGAUGACUUGGAGACAAGAAUAACCAUUUUGUUCAGCAGGUUCGUUGAUGAUGCCUGUUACCAGAUUGAAAAGUAUGAGCGCAAUGUACGACAAGUUGGAGUCGUUCCUUAUAUUCCCAGAUUUUCUCAACUUGCAGCACGUAUGGAGCAGUAUAUCAAUGGAACGAGGGAUCUAGUUGACCAGGCAUAUACUAAAAUUGUGAGCAUUAUGUUUGUGACGCUGGAGAAAAUAGCUCAAGUGGAGCCCAAAUAUGUUGAUAUUGUACUCUUGGAGAAUUAUGCAGCUUUCCAGCACAGUCUAUAUGAUCUAGCAAAUGUUGUGCCAACACUUGCUAAAUAUUAUCAUCAAGCCAGUGAAGCUUAUGAACAAGCCUGCUCGCGCCAUAUAAAUCUGGUUAUAUAUAUUCACUUUGAAAAAUUAUUCCAGUUUGCUCGGAAAAUUGAGGAACUGAUGUACAACAUGAGUCCUGAGGAGAUACCAUUCCAAGUUGGAAUGUCGAAGGUAGAUUUCCGCAAGAUGCUAAAGUCCAGCCUAACUGGUCUGGACAAAACAAUCAAUGCAAUGUAUAGGAAAUUACAGAAGAAUAUAACCGCGGAAGAGUUGCUACCUUCUCUAUGGGAAAAAUGCAAGAAGGAGUUUCUCGACAAGUACGCAACCUUCCUCAAACUGAUUUCCAAAAUAUAUCCCAACGAAACAGUGACAUCUGUGAAUGAGAUGAGGGAGAUCCUAUCUUCUCUCUAGCAACAUUGAUCUCCGAUGAACCUCGCGAGGCUUCUGAAACAGCUUUGGCCACCCAUGUGACCACAACGGAGGUACAGGAUUACGUUUGGGCAAACAUACUCCUGCUGUCCUGCACGAUCUUCAGUGCCCUAAACAACUGACAGCCCUCUCGCACCAGCAUGCAUCCAAGAGUACAGCAAUUUUGGAGCAUACAUCCUGGACGACCGAGGUCGGUGUGUUGUUGAAGAUCCUAGCGUUGCGUUCCAGCCAUGUCAUCUAGAUAACCAAAGCUAUUGGAAACAUGUUUUUUUUCCACAGAAAAGUUAUUACUCUCUCCGGCUGGAAUUACUUGUCGAAAUAUUACAUGCAUCUAGACGCUUUUUACACAUAGAUACAUCCAUAUUUGGUCAAAUUUGAGACAAGUAAUACCGGUCGGAGAGAGUAUUAUUAUAAUUUUGCAGGUGUAUGAAUCGACCUAGUUUUAUAUUGUGGUUUACUGGU